CCUCCAGAUCUGUACCCAAAGGCUGCUGCUGCUGUCACCACCAGAGGAAGGGCUGCUCGCAUGCACCUGCCAUGAUGGUUUUCUGGGUCGUUCUCAGUUUCCUGCUGGUUCUGGGCAGAGGCGAGAGUAAGUUGGAUACCAAGAUUGCAUCCUCAGGGGAGACCACAGAAUGGGGGGAUCCUGACCUGUCUCUGCUGGGGUCCUGCCAGCCAGCUUCCUCUUGCCAGAAGUGCAUCCUCUCACACCCCAGCUGUGCAUGGUGCAAGCAACUGAACUUCACCGCCUCGGGGGAGGCGGAGGCUCGGCGCUGCGCUCGGCGGGAGGAGCUGCUGGCCCGCGGAUGCCCGGCGCAGGAGCUGGAGGAGCCCCGCGGCCGCCAGGAGGUGCUGCAGGACCGGCCGCUCAGCCAGGGCAUCCGCGGUGAGGGGGCCACACAACUGGCCCCGCAGCGCGUCCGGGUCACGCUGCGGCCGGGGGAGCCCCAGAAACUCCGGGUCCGCUUCCUCCGAGCUGCUGGUUACCCGGUAGACCUGUACUACCUUAUGGACCUGAGCUACUCCAUGAAGGACGACUUGGAACGAGUGCGCCAGCUGGGGCACGCCCUGCUGGUCCGGCUGCAGGAGGUCACCCAUUCAGUGCGCAUUGGUUUUGGGUCCUUCGUGGACAAAACGGUGUUGCCCUUUGUGAGCACAGUGCCCUCCAAGCUGCGCCACCCCUGCCCCAGCCGACUGGAGCGCUGCCAAUCACCCUUCAGUUUUCGCCAUGUGCUGUCCCUGACUGGGGAUGCUCAGGCCUUUGAGAAAGAGGUGGGACAGCAGAGUGUGUCUGGCAACCUGGACUCACCUGAGGGUGGCUUUGAUGCCAUUCUGCAGACUGCCCUCUGUCAGGAGCAGAUUGGCUGGAGAAAUGUGUCCCGACUGCUGGUGUUCACAUCAGAUGAUACAUUCCACACAGCUGGGGAUGGGAAGUUGGGUGGCAUUUUCAUGCCCAGUGAUGGGCACUGCCACUUGGACAGCAAUGGCAUCUACAGUCGCAGUGCUGAGUUUGACUACCCCUCUGUGGGACAGGUAGCCCAGGCCCUCACUGCAGCAAACAUCCAGCCCAUCUUUGCUGUCACCAGUGCCACAUUGCCUGUCUAUCAGGAGCUGAGCCAGUUGAUUCCCAAGUCUGCUGUAGGGGAGCUGAGUGAGGACUCCAGCAAUGUGGUGCAGCUCAUCAUGGAAGCAUAUGAUAGCCUUUCAUCCACUGUGACUCUUGAACACUCCUCACUACCUCCUGAGGUCAACAUCUCUUAUGAAUCUCACUGUAGGGGCUCUGAGAAGAGGGAGAGUGAAGCUGGGGACCGGGGACAGUGCAACCAUGUCCAAGUCAACCAAACGGUGGAUUUCUGGGUUACACUCCAAGCCACUCAUUGCCUCUCAGAACCCCAUCUCCUGCGGCUCCGGGCCCUUGGCUUCUCAGAGGAGUUAAUUGUGGAGUUGCAUACACUGUGUGACUGUAACUGUAGUGACACCCAGCCCCAUGCUCCCUACUGCAGUGAUGGCCAGGGGGAUCUUCACUGUGGGAUAUGCAGCUGUGCCCCAGGACGCCUGGGUCAGCUGUGUGAGUGCUCUGAGGCCGAACUGUCCUCUCCAGAUUUGGAAUCUGGGUGCCGGGCCCCCAAUGGGACAGGGCCCAUAUGCAGUGGGAAGGGACGGUGCCAAUGUGGACGUUGCAGCUGCAGUGGACAGAGCUCUGGGCGUCUGUGCGAGUGUGAUGAUGCCAGCUGUGAGCGACACGAAGGCAUCCUCUGUGGAGGCUUUGGCCACUGCCAAUGUGGGGUGUGUCACUGUCAUGCCAACCGCACUGGCAGAGCAUGUGAGUGCAGUAUGGAUGAGGACAGCUGUGUCAGUCCCAAGGGAGAGCUCUGCAGUGGGCAUGGAAACUGCACAUGCAACCGCUGCCAGUGCUCUGAUGGCUACUAUGGGGCUCUGUGUGACCAGUGCCUAGACUGCAAGACACCAUGCGAGAGAUACAGGGACUGUGCGGAAUGUGGGGCCUUUGGUACUGGUCCCCUGGCAGCCAAUUGCAGCAUGGCUUGUGCAGAUGUCAAUGUGACCUUGGCCUCAGCCCCUAUUUUGGAUGAUGGCUGGUGCAAAGAAAGGACUCUAGACAACCGGCUGUUCUUCUUCCUGGUGGAGAACGAGGCUGGAGGAGUUGUGCUGCGAGUGAGACCCCCAGAGAAGGGAGCAGAUCACACCCAGGCCAUUGUGCUGGGCUGUAUAGGGGGCAUCGUGGCAGUGGGACUGGGGCUAGUCCUGGCAUACCGGCUCUCAGUGGAAAUCUACGAUCGGCGGGAGUACAGCCGCUUUGAGAAGGAGCGGCAGCAACUCAGCUGGAAUCAGGACAGCAAUCCUCUCUACCAAAGUGCCAUCACAACCACUAUCAAUCCCCGCUUCCAGGGGGCAGAUGACAGACCUUCCCUCUCAAAGAGGGACUAGGACUCACCCAGGAUGCUUCUGUCUGGGAGGAGAGUGGGAAUGGCAUGGCAGGUUUGUCAGGCAGCACUAACACCACUGAAGCCAUCACUUCAUUCUUUUCCAGAGUGACAGAGGGCUGUGUCCUUCUGUUGCAGCCCCACUCCCCACCUCACUGUGGAGAACUAUGGUUCUUCUACCCAAGAGUACAAUAAAGUCUUACCUCAGA